CUCGCAGUUAAGUUCGUAACGGAAUUAGCGCGUUAAAGCUCAGUGUUUGACUACAAAUUUGUUUUUUUUUUCUGCUGUAAACUGAUUAAUGUUGUGCUGUUAGCAAAUCAAACAAUGUAACAAAAAAGUAGUGUGCUGAAUUAAUUGAGUUAAAUUUUUACAUCAGUUUAUAUAGAUUUUAAAAGACUAUCAUAGCAAUCGUAACUACUACAGAAGAUUGAAGUAACAACAGUAGAUUUCAAACAUGGUUUUCAAUGGCGCACGACUGCUUGUACUUGAAAAAGGCGACGCAAUUAACCGGGAAAUACCCAUACGCACUUCGCAAGUAAAAUUUGGCUCGCAUCCGUUAAAUACAAUUCGCUUAAAAUCUAAAGCAGCAGAUCGUUUACACUGCAAAAUAUUUGCUAAAAACGAAAAGGUAAUAAUCAUCAACUACUCGAGCGAAAGGCCAAUACAAAUAGAUGGAAAUAUUGUAAGGAAACGAAGCGUACUCAACAAUGGUUCGAUUCUGGAAGUAUGUGGAACUCGAUUUCGUUGGCUUUUCGAUGAAAGCCAGUUGUGUACCCAAGGUAAUAAAACUGAAGAACGAACCCCAACCAGUACGCGAUACGGAAAAAGACGGCGUACUACAAUGCUUCAAAACAAACAAAAACCGAUAACUGAUAAAAAAUCUACCACAUGCGGAAAAAACAAGAAAUCUCUACCCAAAAAAUCUAACAAGACACCGGUUUACACACUGCCAAAAAGUCGCCAACAACUAUUGAACAAUAUUCGCAAAAGAUUUACCGUUCAUAAUAUCGUCGGUAAUCACCAAUUCGAUGACGAGGAGAGUGACUACGAAAAUAUGCCGGAUAAUACAGAUCAAUUGUCAAAGACGCCUGUAUCAACAAACGUUACAAUCAGUAACAACACCCCCUUUUAUACACCUGAAAUGGAUAAAGAAAACACUAACUUUUCUUCUGCCAUGAAAAUUACUAAGACGCCGGCGUUGCAGUUGGAAAAUUCUGCAAUGAUGAUUCUGUCCUAUACACCAUCAAGUGCAACGCGAUCAAAAGCUCAUGUAAUGAAAACACCCUUAUCGGUUGCUAAAACAAAAUGUAUUCAGUCUCCACGAAUGAGUUCAGAAAAUUUGAGCCCGAUUACACCGUCAAAAUCAAGCAAUGUUUCUAAAGCAGGCAACUCCAUGUAUUUGAUUGAUCUCACUACGCCAGGUAGUGGCCAUAGCCGCAGUUACGCUUGCAGCCCAUUACGUGAAAAAAAUUCUUUAUCGCAGUCAUCAGUCGAGUCCAGUGGACUUAUUGAUUUAAUAACACCCAGCCCGAAAAAGUCGAGACUUCCCUCAUCCGCAAUGAUUAAAUCAACCCAAAAAGUUUUACUAAAAUCAGCUCUGAAAAAUGCCAGUAAGACUCCACGAACAUUGCUGGUCGGUACGCCGAAACCAGUACCAAAAAUAGUCAUAGACAACUCAAUUAGCAAAUCGCUACCAAUCAGAAAAAUCAACGAUACAUCCAACACCCACAAAUCUAGAGUUAGCAACUUUGCAGCCUCUCCUGUUUCCAGCAAAAAAACGAGCGGCGUGCGGGUACUAACCCAAAGCCCGAAAAUAGUUGAAUCUAAACAGUUUCAUUCAACUGAAGGCACAGUUUCUGAAAACAACAUACAGCUCGCAGAUACUGAAACUGAUAAUACCCCUGCAAUGACUACUGACGAAUUAUUUGAUACAUUAUUAGGAAGACAUUCCGUUAAAAAGACCUACACUAGAAAAUCGGAUUCUCCAAAGAAAAAUAUUGUACCAUUAAUUGGUGAUGUAGGUUGUUCGAGUGAACUACCAAAAACUGAUAUUGAUUUGUGGGUUGAAUCAGCCGUGGAAACUACUGCUACUGCUAAAAUAGCGGAGGUUGAGUCAGCUAUCAGAAAACCUAAUCGCACUACACAAAUUCGAUCAUCGCAGUAUUCGGAUAUCACUCCGCACGAAUCUUUUGUCGACGUGUUAACUGUAGCAACUGUGAGUGAACGUUUGUCAAGUGAUCUUAAAGAAAAUGACAAUACGGAUGAAACAGGCUCAGAAGUCCCAAAAGAAAGCGAACUAGAAAACUUGAGUGAAAUUCCAGUCAUAUCAAACCAAAUUCGUCGAAGUCACACUCCACUUGCAAGUAAAAUUGUUCGCACAUUGGACAACAAAAGACAAACAAUUGGAUCAUUUUUCACUAAUAUAUUCGGUAAACUUACUGUCAGUCCAGUAACGAAAUUAAAUAUUACCGACGAUUAUCAUAAUUCAGAAGAGGAUGAGGAACAGGAAUUUUCGGGUACCGACUCCGAUGAGUCAGAGGAAGUUUAUCAUGAAAGUGAGACCGGCCUGGAAGGAAACAUCAAUCAACAACAACAUGGCACAGAUUUUUCCAGCCCCAAAUUACGACAGUCGCUGCGUAACACUAGGAAGUUUAUAGGGAAUGCUUUAACGUCCUUGAACACAUCAAAAUCGUUAGUAGAAAACAUAAUGGAAUUUGACGAAAGUUUAUUGUUAAAUGAAACCGGGCAAAUCAACGAGUCGAACGGCAUUGACGAUGAAGGAUAUGAUCUUACAGACUUGAGUAGUGCAUUGCAAACAGAACAUUCAACAACAUCACCAAUUGCUAAUAAAUUAAUCCUAACACCAAGGACAAGAAGAUUUACACGAAAAACUCCGGUCUGUGAGAAGAGCAGAAUAGAUAACUCUGAAGUAAUAAAUUCUACCCAGAAAGGAACUCCGCAAUGUAUUUCUAGCGAUGGUUGUUCUUCUCCUGCCAACAUCCUGCGAACGCUCAGAAAAAGCUCUCUUGCCAUUUCGUCUGAGAAUAUAUCGACAGAAGACCCAUCUAAAUCAAUAAGUAAUAAUCAAAAUACAUCACAUAUCAGCGACGAAUUAGAGAAAUCGUCAGCACGUGGAAAAAAUGUUCAAUGUUCAAAUACAAACAUAGAUAAAGAGGUCCAAAACAACCAAACGCCCGUUCGUAAUGCAUGUUUCCGUAAUCGAAAAUCAAUGUUUGCUGCUCACCAGCCUGUUAUAAACUCAACUCCGAAUAAGAUCGUGAAAACUCAUUCAAAGACUUCAAUACACGAAACGUCACUGAUCACUGACGAGAUUUCCAUUUGCUCUGAGUUCGCCAACCAAUUUGUCAGUGAUCCAAAAACUGGUACAAAUCGUUCCAUUCUAGGAACAGGCGAAGAAGACAAGCAGAAACAUGAAACGCCUUCUAGCUUGUCUCCAGUAAUUUCAGAUAAUGGUAAUAUAACAGCGUCUUCCACAUUUGAUGGUAGUGAGUCUCAUUGUGAAAAUAUUUCAAGUCCCGUAAAUGAUAAGCUGCAGAACACUGGAUCAAGUGACUCCAAUAACUCCACUGUUAGUAUUCCAAGCACAAGAAGGAUAACUCGUAGAACAAUAGCUGCAAUCGUUAACACUCCAGAAAUAUCACCGUCCAAAUACAAAGAUAGCAAGUCUUUCUGUAGCAGUAAACCUAGCACUGCCCAAAAUGCCAUUGAUAAGGAUAUUGUUGUUAAUGACGUGACAAGUGAGGUCAAUGUUCUCACCGUGAAUAAACCAAACACAAGAAGAAUGGCUCGUAAAACUAUUGCUACCGUUUUAAAUACACCGAAGACAUAUAAUGUCAAACAUUUACCUACAAGCGAAUCAAAACUACCGCUCCGUAAGUUACGGUCAGCACAUACAGCGCAUGCAAACGCCGCUCUGACAUUGCCAAUCGCGGAUAGCAUUUCAACGAAUAAAAGAUUAUCUGGAAAGCGUGAAUGCUCAGAUGAUACCAAUUCUUUAUUUCUGGUUAACAAGAGCAAAGCUACCGAUGACACAAUACUACAUAAUGAUGAGGAUAUAAAUAUGCAGCAAUCAGAUGAUGGUGUUCAACAAGAUGCUCCAGCAUUGGAAGUCUUCAACGAAGCAAAAAUAUUGAGUAAUGAAAUUGGAAAAGCUUUAGAAUCUAUGCCUAAUGUUAUUGAUGAAGUUCAACCAGCUGAGUUGAAUCUCUCACAACGACAAGAAUUCUAUUUACAGGAAUAUGAUACUUCUCCAAUUAGUUGCACUUCCUUUUUGGUUACAUCUGCUUCAGCAACACCGGUUGAAACAACUGCUCCGUCUACAGUAACGAAACUUUCGUCUUCUGUCUGCUUACAGAGAGAUGAUGUUGAAUGUAUUGAGGAAUCUUUAUUUUUUCAACAGAAAGUUAUUGACACUUUUGACAAGGUUGGAAGUGUUGACGAAGGAGCUUCAAGUAGCAUAAACAAUUCUACUGUCGGCAUUCGGAGUAUAAGGAAGAAGACUCGCAACACCAUUAACGCGAUUGUUAGUACUCCAAAAACCUUUUAUGUAGCAGAAGCACCGUUGAGCGAAACAAAACUUCCAUAUCGUGUGCUACGUUCAGCUCAAAUUCUUAACGACUCUAGAUUAUCUGAUAAACUUGAAUGCUUGGAAAAUGUAAAUUCUGCAACUUUAGAUGACAUUAACAAAACUAAACAUGGCGUGGAAAUAUCAUCUGUUGAGUUAAGUGUAAAACAACCCAAUAAUGAUAAUCAAGCCGAUGAAUCUGUAAACCUUGAGGGAACAGCAUCGCCGAACAGCAAAAUAUUCGAAUCUACUAUUCUCGAUAAAAGCAAAAAUGCUAAGACUAAUGUUUCUCAGUCACAACAGGUCGAUGAAGCUCUUUUGCAUGACAACGAAACCACUUCUUAUGGUGGUAUUUCUGUUCGGGCUUCAUCCGUAUUAGCCACACCUGUUAAAACAAGGGCAUCGUUUUCAAACAUUACACGUUCUACGCGCAAGCAAACUGGGAGUACCGUUGAAACUGAUUUCAUGGUUGAUGUAAAAUCUAUCGAAAAACCUCAAACUUCUGAACAGGAUGAAGUUAGCAACGUGCAGAAUAUCACUGAAAGUGAAAAAGCUAAUGACAUCAAUGAUUCUACUAUUGGCGUUUCAAGCAGUACCGGAAUGAAACGUAAAACAGUUGCUACGGUUAUGAGAACUCCCAAGCAACCUAUUAUGAAAAAUGCGUCGUUAAGUGAAUCCAAACUUCGUGCUAACGCUAUUGCGUCUUCAAGUCCACUGCCCACUAUUCGUCCCGAUGAAAAAAAUGAACAAUUGUCUGAAGGACUACACUGCACGGAAAAAUCAGAUGCAUCAAUUCUAGUUGGCGAUGACUCUGCAGAUAGCACCGAACUAUCUCCUGAUGAUAAAAGUUUCAAAAUCAUGAUGCUAAACAGCGCUAUCCAAACAAAUUCUCCUAUACCAGAAAAAACUCUUGAGAUAAGAAAUGAUACAACUCCGAAUCGAAGUCGGGCGUUUUCAAAAAGUUUUAGUUCUUCGUUGACUACAUCUGCAAGAGCUUCACCGUCCGUAACAAGUGCCAUCCCUUCAACCACUAUGCUUUCUUCUUCUGCAUGCGAACAAAAAUACGACGACAAAGAAAACAAAACAAAUAUUGAAAAAACAAUAGCAAAUAUAUUUGAUGAGCAAUCUUCAAAUAAAUCUCUAGCUACAGAACGAGAACUGACUGAAGUUAGCAUGAUACAAAAUAUUGAUGGUGCAGGUCUAUCUAUUGACGUUAGUCCUGCAGUUGGUCACUGGAGCUCAAAGAAAAUGGCUCGCAAAACAAUGGCUGCAAUUCCUAGAACUCCGGAAAUGGUUCGCGUAAAAAAUACUCCAUUAAGUGAAUCAAAACUAACACUUCGUGUGUUACGGUCAGCACGUGUUAUAGCAAACGAAGAAGUUUCAUCAAGAUCCUCUGACAUAGAUAAGAAUGAAACAUCAUCCAGUGAACAAAAGGAAUGCACAAAUUCAUCAAUUCCGAAUGACUAUAGUGAGACAACUUAUAUCGCUGAAGUAGCUCCUAUUGAAAAGAGUCUAAAUUUGGAGCGACUGUUUACCUCGGUUGGAAUUGAUUCUCCUGUAUUAGAAAGUGGAUUUGAAACAGAUUUAAUGCCCGAAGAAAUUGUGAAACCUAUACAUACCGUUCUUGAUGAAAGUGAAAUAGCUACUGUAAAUCAUUCAAAAGCAGAACAGAUUGAUGAGAACUUGCAUUCCGAAAACAAUAGCUUGGAAAAAACAUGUUCGUCUGUUUUUGCCGCGUGCGAAUCAGAAACACCAAUUAAGACGAGGGUCUUCUCAGUUAGUAUUACGUCAACUACAUCUGUAUCAAUUUUGGAACGGCAAAAUACUCCUAACAAAGGACAAGUCGGUACACCUGAUGGUAAAUACGAGAUACAGUCAACCCGCAGAACGAGAAGUGUUGCUCUAAGUGCCACUCCCCUAUCGAAGCGAACGAUUGCUGAUAACUCCCUAUCAGAAACAAAUGUAGAAACCAAAAUACCCGAAUGCACGAGUCCACUGGAAAAGGGCUUUGAAGAAACUUCAUUACUAAAAAACAAUGUUUCGAAAUUUGAAAUUUCCAGCAAUGAAGAAAAUGUAUUAUAUGACUCAAAGGAUCCAUCACAUGUCAAUGAGCUCGUAUUCUUCAGUCAGACACCUGAAGCGAAUCUUUACCAAAACAAAGAUUCUUCUGUUGAGCGAAAUGAAAGCGCUUCAGAACAUAAGUCGUUUUGCUUAGUAUACAAAACAGAUGCGUCAAACAGAAACAGUUUACCCCCUGCGCGUUUGGAAACACCUGCGCGUUUUACACGUGCAUCAUUAUCGUUGAAAAAGAACACGUCUCAGAUAACAAACAUGAUGAAAACUCCUAUGCGAAAUCCUCCGUCCACUAAGACUGUAACGCCUGAUAGCAUAGCGACACCACAUGAUUGUACCUCUUCCGCUGCUGGUGACCAGACACAAAAAGAACAACAAAAUCUUUCGUUGGUGCAAUUAUUUAAAACACCAUUAAGACAGACUCAGAACAGUCCCUGCACUUCUGAAAUGAAGAAAUUUGAACAGCGACACGCAACUCCAAUUUCUGACAUGAUCUUAGAAAAAAACACUUUUUCCAAGAACAACGUAGAAGAAAUUUCAAUGACACCACCACUUACUGCAUUGUUCAGGACUCCUGCUCGAAAUACAUCAACGCCCUAUGUGAAAUCAAUUGCCUCAUCUAACAAAAAUGUUCUGCAUAAUUCACUUGAAAGUGUAACGGAGCAUGUUUUGAAUGAAACACCGUUUCGGUCAGGAAUAACACCUGAAACUAACGAACAGACGCAAGAACGGUCGAACAAUUUGUCUCAUUCCUAUUCUGCUAGUUCAAUAUCAAAUUGCAAGAGGUCAGAAGUAGAAAAAGCUGAAAAUUCUCUCGAAAUGUCAGUAGUAUGCAACCUUACACCCAUGAAUAAAAGUAAUGUUGAGGAGGAGAGAUUUGUGGGAGAUGAAAAAUUCUCUGCAACGCUACCAUUCGCAGAAACCAGCAUUUCGUCUGAGGCAAGUGGGUCGAAUGAAACGUCCAUUAGUUUAAAUCCCCUGUUUAAGACGCCUUCUCGAACUCUACAUGAAAACACGUCUGCAACUUCCUUGAGUUCAGCUCGUAUGACCAUAGAAAAACCAAACGUGGUAUCCGAAGAGUCUUUUGCCUUGAAGAAAUUAUUUGAAACACCUCCGAUAAACUCAACAUCCGUGACAAACUGUAAUAAUUCCCAAUUAAUCACUCGAUCACCUAAUGUAGAUACAACGCUAGAAACAUCACUAAUCUCUACUGAUAGACCAAAACCGACACGUUUGUCUCGUUUGGCUAGAAACAGUACAGCCAAUAAUUCACCGUCUAGUAUAAAAAAUACGCAUACUCCUCAACGGAUACCGCUUGGUAAUCAUACAUCUUCAUCAGACAAGAACAAUGCCACACAUGAACCCGAAAAUCCCUUUAUCAGCGUAUCUACUGCGAAUGAUCACGACUUGCUCGGAAUUAAGGAUACACAUGAAACUGAAGAAUCUUUCACUGAACGUCGAAAUGCCAUGCUUUUACCCGCAUCUCAAACAACUACUGUAACAAAUGUAUCUUGUUCGCACAAGGAUGAUUUUGUAAAUAUAUCCACAUCCGAAGUUUCAAAUAUAAAUGCAACGUCCAACAGGUCUACAGAGUCUGAGGAUGGUAAUGUGCAGUCUGUGGACCUAACACUCGAACCAGUACCACAACUAAUUCCGAAUAUUGAUACCUAUGAUGAGUCUGUUCCAAACACUGACCAAACAUUAGCGACGCCUAGCAAAACAUUAUCAGAUACAACUUAUCAAACACCAGAAACAAAUUUAAAUCAACUUUUCAAAACUCCUGCUAGUCAGCGCAGUGCGGUGAAGAAUAAAACUUAUUCAACGAAAACCACAAUUGUGUUGGAGAUGAAUGAAACAACUGUUGAAAAUGUUGCAGAGAUAAACUCUGUCGAAAACGCAGAGAGCGAGCUAAACUUGUCACAUUCCAAAUGCGAAAAAACUUUAGCUGUAGAAGAAAUAGUUUCCAUCAAUGAAAGUUUGCUGAAGAAUAUAUGCGAGCGAGUCGUUUCACUGGAGCAGGAAUUUGACGCAUUACAAGAAACUUGUCUCAACGACAGUAACUCUAUACAGGAUUCUUUGAACAUUGAGCCUUCAAUAGAAACACCGAAUCAUACUGUUUCUGUUGAUGAUGGAAUUUCACCAUCACUAUCAUCGACCGUAGAAAUUAGUAAUUCUACAAAGUCGACAGCUCAGAAUAAGAGGAAGCUAUACACUAGAAAUGAUCCUGAUAACACAACUCCAGAGAAUCGAAAAUCAAUAGUUACUCAGCGAAUGUCCAGUAGUGAGUACCUGAGUAUGUUGAAUCCUACGACUAAGCCAGAAGAUAGCAUGAACCCAGAAUCGCCAGGUUCAAAUUUCAUCCCAUCUUCACGAAAAGACAAAGAUACUCAAAAAAGGGUUCUGCCGUCGCGUGCAUCAAGAAGAAAUAUUAAAACGCUAUCUGAAGAAGCAUUAGCAGGCGCUUCACCAGAGGUCAAAUUCGUGAAACCGAAACCGAUAAAAAUUGAUAGUUGUGAAGACGAUUCUAGUAAAAGCUUACUAUCAGAGACCGAAUCAUUGGAAGAUAAUUUUGCUGGUAAAAGGAAGGUGACGUUUAAAGAUCGUAUCCAGAUUAGGGAAAUAAACUCUCCCGCUAUAGUGGGUGAUAUCAUCCAAAAUGUUUCAUCCAAAAGACGUGGACGCACACGUCUUCCGAAAAUAACCGAGAUAACAACUGCGACCAACAAUGAUGAGCUUCCUAGUACUGUUCUAUCAGGUGACCCAGCGCCAAAGCAGACACGCCGUGGUUUACGAAAUAAAAAUUCAACCGUCUCAAGGAUUAGUACCAGAAGCACUCGCCAUUCAAAAAACACGGAAAAUAAAGCCGAGUGUGAUACCGUUCCUGUUGUGCCCAAUAAUGAUGAGAAAGCAAAUGCCGCAGAUCCCACUGCGAUAGUAUCUCAAUCCGAUCAGGAGCUGCAGCAUGAUUCUCCAUAUAAAUCAAAUAAUGCAGAUGUAGUAAUCAAUGCGAACCAGCAAAUUUUGCUUGAAACUGAGAGUAAGACAAAACCGUUACGUGUUACUCGUAAGACAACUAAAACAGUACAAACAAAAAAGGCACCCAAUGACACUCGUAUUAAAAACGUCGAAGAAAUUAAGCUUACAAACGAUUCUAUGUUGCAAAGUACCGAUAAUAAUAUUUCAACUCAAAGAACACCAUCUGCAGGUUCUAAUGAAGAGAAUGAGACAACCAUGAAUAUACAACAUCAUGCUACUAGAAAACCAACUAGAAGUGCUAAAUCUUCAUCUAAACGAACAGCCACCAUUACAACUGGUAAACUUGAGCAGACUGAAAUACCUGUUGCUGACAACGCCGAAACAUUGAAGCAGUCUACAAUUCAAGUGAAUAAUGAACAACCACCAAAAACACUCUUUGAGUCGAAUGAUAACGCUGAGCCAAUCACAACCCGAAGGCAAUAUCGUACUACACGAAAGCAAACCAGAAAUGCUGGAGCUUUAUCACAAAACGCAGAAGUUGAGCAAUCUAAAAUUGAAACUACUAAUACUACUGAAUUGAAUAAUCCGAAUGCAACUGAUGUGGACGUCAAUAAAACCAAAAACAAGCGCGUUACGAAGAAGUCAACAACGGCCGGUAAACAAAUGUCGAAGGAGAGAGAUGAUAUUGGAGAUUCCUUGACGUUUGAUGAUAACGAUCAUGAGCCAAACACAGAUAGUGGUGUGAUCACUGUGGGUAGUGAUGUAAAGCUAGACAUUCUAUUUGAUAGUAAUGGUAUGCCCCCAAAACGGGAAAGACGACCAUUGCGUAGGAAGCAAGAUUCUAAUGGUUCAAAGGAGCAUUUGCAAUCAACAAAUUCUCCUGCAGAAACGAAACGCUCUGUACGUGGAAAGCGCAAACAGGAUAAUGUAAUUGAAACGGGCACAGCUAUGAAUGUUGUUGACUCGUCUGAAACGACCGUGGAAAGUUCGGAAACUGGACAAAUUGUUCAGUUGAACGAAAAACCACAAGACACAAAGUCUCGUCGAGCAGCACACAAAAAGCCCACUAAUAAACGACCAAGACAACAGGAUAAAAUUUCAACAUCUGAGACUGAAGAGUCCAUUACAAACGAACGUAUUGAAACAUCAGCUAUUGUACAAGCAACAAAUAACUCAACAAAGCAAGAUGAAACGGAAAAUGUUAUUCCACCUAAACAGAAUCGUAGACGUGCACCUCCGAAAAAAUCAGCUGAAGAAACUAUUCAGGAAAUAGUCAUACCAUCAACUCGAAACGAAGAAUCUAUUGGAACAGGGGACGAAUACCAAGGUACAAGAAAAAGAACUUUUCGCCAACUUACGAAAAAUCCUGCCUUUCAAGAACCUCCACCCAAACUUUCAAAAAGGAGUCAAAGAAAACCCAAACAGGAUAAUACUGCGGAUUUACGCCACAAUAUCGAAGAAUCAUUAAACGAGUCUCAUAUGGUCAAAACAAUGCUAUCUGCAUCACAUACAUCAACACCUUUGCCGAAGGUUGCUGAAGAAUCGGAAUCAACAAUCUCCAAAUUAAAACCAACCCGAACCCGUACAAAAAAGCUUGGUAAUCCUAUAAUAUCUGCACUAGUAGAAGAAGAACUUAAUCAACAACGACGGUCACCAAGAAACCGCCGUGGUAAAUUAAAUGCAGACGAACAUGAACCUAGUAUUGCAGAGGUUUCUGAAACUACAACACUACCAAGAAACGAUGCUAAAGAAGAAAAGCUCUCUAAAGUGAGUUUGUCAGUUGAUGACAAAGUUCCAAUUAAAAGCAAUCGCCGCGGAAUAAAAUCCCAAGCUGCAACAAAAAACAAAAAUAUGACUCCACCAAAACGGCAUCGUGAGAAUAUUGAAGUCGUUGAUGAGCAACCGACGAAAAAAAACAAACUUGCAGAAAUUUAUUCUCAAAACGAAAGUGAUCUCAGUGUUUCCGGUGAAUCUGUGACAGCGAGACAUACCCGAAAAAGAACGCAGAAAAAUAAAUCAGCUGAUGUGGUUGAAGCAGAGAGCACCGAUACAGCUAGUCGAAGGAGACCAGUGCGAUCGCGAAAAUAAUUUAGGUUGUAAGGGCUGCAUUUUAUUUUAUAUUAAUACCUGGUUUUGAUUUUUAAACCUUCUCACUAACUUCAAAACUUUUGAGAAUUUUUAACAUGUUUUUUUUAUAUUUCUUGUUUAAUGAAUAAGCUACCACAACUACAAUAAAAUGUAUGUCUAAUA